AUGAAAGAAGUGGUGGUUGAUGUUGCUCCUAAAAGAAUAAAGGGACUUGAGUUCAAUGCCCUGAGUUCUGAUCAGAUUAUUGCGCAGUCUGAAGUAGAGGUCAAUACAAGAAAUCUUUUCAAUCUAGAGAAAGGAAGAGCUCCAGCGAAAGAUGGUGCCUUGGACACUAGAAUGGGUGUCUCCUCCAAAUCAGGUGAGUGUGCUACCUGUCAUGGGAAUCUGGCUACCUGUCAUGGACAUUUUGGUCAUAUAAAAUUAGCAUUACCAGUGUUCCAUGUUGGUUACUUCAAAGCUGUGAUCCAGGUUCUUCAGACGAUUUGUAAAUCAUGUGCAAGUGUUCUAUUAGAUGAGAAAACCAAGAGAAAAGCUUUGGAGGACUUGAGAUCUCCCAAUAAUGAUAAUCUAAGAAGAAUGAAGAUUAUCAAGAGAAUUUUAGAACAAGCUAAGAAGCAGAGAAGAUGUCUCAAAUGUGGAGCCUUGAACGGUGUUGUUAAAAAGGCUUCAGCGGGUGCUGGCCCUGCUUCUUUGAAAGUCAUCCAUGACACGUUCCGUUGGAUUGGUAAGAAACCCUCUCAAGAGAAAGUAGAAUGGUAUGAAGAUUUCGAUAAUUUGCUAAUUAAUAAUCCAGAUCUUGAAAAAUUCUUGAAACGAGCUUAUGAUGAUUUGAACCCGUUAAAAGUACUUAAUCUUUUUAAGCAAGUUGAUCCCUCUGACUGUGAAUUAUUAGGUAUUGAUACCACAAGAGGUGGCAGGCCUGAAAUGUACCUAUGGAGGUAUGUGCCCGCUCCUCCUGUUUGUAUCAGACCAUCUGUUCUGAUGUCAGAUUCAAACACGUCCAACGAAGACGAUUUAACUGUCAAGCUGACCGAAAUUGUCUGGAUAUCAAGUUUAAUCCGUGCUGGUAUCGAGAAGGGUAUAUCUAUAAACAAUCUGAUAGAACAAUGGGAUUAUCUACAGCUAUCGGUUGCAAUGUAUAUCAAUUCUGAUGCCGGUAACAUGUCGAUGUUACCAUCUGCAGCUGGAUCUGCCGGAUCCAAGAGUAGUAAACCAAUUAGAGGCUUUUGUCAAAGGUUGAAAGGCAAACAGGGAAGAUUUAGGGGUAACUUAUCUGGUAAGCGUGUUGACUUUUCCGGAAGAACCGUUAUAUCUCCAGACCCAAACUUAAGGAUUGAUGAAGUUGCUGUUCCAGAUAGAGUUGCUAAAGUUUUGACGUACCCUGAGAAAGUUACACGUUAUAAUAAACAUAAACUUCAGCAGUUGGUCUUGAAUGGUCCUGAUGUUCACCCUGGUGCCAACUACCUUCUAAAGAGAGAUGAGCAGAACAGAAGGAAUUUGAGAUUUGGAAAUAGACAGAAACUUGCCAAUACGCUUCAAAUUGGAGACAUCGUGGAAAGACAUCUUGAGGAUGGCGACGUUGUCCUUUUCAAUAGGCAGCCUUCUUUGCAUAGACUUUCCAUUCUUUCUCAUUUUGCAAAAAUUCGUCCUUGGAGAACGUUUAGACUAAAUGAGUGUGUAUGUACCCCAUACAAUGCCGAUUUUGAUGGUGAUGAAAUGAAUUUACAUGUUCCACAAACAGAAGAAGCCCGAUCUGAGGCCAUGAAUCUCAUGGGUGUAAAAAAUAACUUAUUGACUCCCAAAUCAGGUGAACCUAUCAUUGCAGCUACUCAAGAUUUCAUUACUGGAUCAUACUUGAUAUCUCAUAAAGAUACUUUUUUCGACAGAGCUUCGCUGGUACAAAUUUUGGCAUCCAUGUCUGAUGGCAUAGAACAUUUUGAUCUCCCUCCACCUUCCAUUUUCAAACCUGCAUAUUUGUGGACCGGAAAACAAGUGUUCAGCUUGUUAAUUAAGCCAAAUGCCAAGUCAAAUGUCAACAUAAAUCUCGAUGCCAAGUGUAAGACAUUUAUCCCGCCUCCUGCUGGCCAGCCUAGUGAAAUGUCACCUAAUGAUGGGUUUGUCAUAGUUAGAGGAUCCAAAAUUUUAUCUGGGGUAAUGGAUAAAUCUUUACUAGGUGAUGGUAAGAAGCAUUCCGUUUUUUACACCAUUCUGAGAGAUUAUGGACCUCAUGAAGCUGCCAAUGCUAUGAACAGAAUGGCAAAACUUUGUGCACGAUACCUUGGUAACAGAGGAUUUUCAAUCGGUAUAAACGACGUCACUCCUGGAGAUGAGCUAAGCAGAGAGAAAGAAUGCAUGGUAGAAGAAGCAUACAAAAAGUGCGAUGAGCUAAUUAAGCUUUUCAACCACGGAAAAUUGGAAACCCAGCCUGGCUGUAAUGAAGAGCAAACUUUGGAAGCCAAGAUUGGAGGUUUACUUUCCAAGGUCAGGGAAGAAGUAGGAGGAGUUUGUAUUAAAGAGCUUCCUUCAAGUAAUGCCCCACUUAUCAUGGCUACUUGUGGGUCUAAAGGUUCUACAUUAAACGUUUCCCAGAUGGUGGCUGUUGUUGGUCAACAGAUCAUUUCGGGAAAUCGAGUCCCUGAUGGCUUCCAAGAUCGUUCCUUGCCUCAUUUCUUGAAGAAUUCCAAGACACCCCAAUCUAAAGGUUUUGUCAGAAAUUCUUUCUAUUCCGGAUUAAACCCUCCAGAAUUUCUUUUCCAUGCCAUUUCUGGUAGAGAAGGUUUGGUGGAUACAGCAGUGAAAACCGCCGAAACAGGUUAUAUGUCUCGUCGUUUGAUGAAAUCUUUGGAAGACUUGAGUGCCCAAUAUGACCACACUGUUAGAAACUCCAGUAGCGGUGUUGUGCAGUUUACCUACGGAGGUGAUGGAUUGGAUCCGUUGGAUAUGGAGGGUGAUGCUAAACCUGUCAAUUUCAAACGAACUUGGGAUCAUGCUUACAAUAUCACCUUCAAUAAUGAGGACAAACCCUUGCUUCCUUACGAAAUAAUGAAAAUUGCUGAUUCAUUUUUGGAUCCAUUGAAGGAUCGUUUGGUCAGACUUGAUAACCUUGGUAACAUUGUGAACCCUGAAGAUGCUGACAACAUUGAGUAUAUUGACCAGUUUGAUGCCGAGAGAACAUUUUAUGAUACACUAAAGGAUUUCCUGUUCCAGAAAACCAAACAACUCGCAGCUUUAAGAGAAAGUAAAGGGUUUCCUGGUUUACUGCAAGAACCAGAAUCUUUCGUUGAUGAAAGUCCCGAUCACUCAGUUAGUAUCUUGAUUAAUCAACUUUAUAGAAUUACUGAGGCUGCUGUGACAAAGUUUUUAGAACUAUCUGCUACCAAGUACAACAGAGCUAAGGUAGAACCGGGUACUGCUGUGGGUGCUAUUGGUGCUCAAUCCAUUGGUGAGCCAGGAACCCAGAUGACAUUGAAAACAUUCCACUUUGCUGGUGUCGCCUCUAUGAACGUUACGCUUGGUGUGCCUCGUAUCAAGGAGAUCAUCAAUGCCUCCAAGACCAUCUCAACCCCUAUUAUUAACGCUGUACUGGUGAAUGAAGAUGACGAGAGGGCUGCCAGAGUUGUCAAGGGAAGAAUUGAGAAGACUAUACUACAGGAUGUGGUUUACUACAUUCAGGAUGUUUACAAAGAAAACCAGGCAUAUUUGCAAGUCAAGGUCGAUCUGGAAACAAUUGAAAGACUACAGCUUGAACUUAACAUCGAUGAAAUUAGACUAGCCAUCGUGAAGGCUCCCAAACUGAAGCUAGCUCUGGAGGAUGUAAUUAUUACAGGCAGAAACAAGAUUAGUGUCUGUGUCAGUGAUGCUUUACUGGACUCCAUUUCAAAGACUGCAGCUGCUAAGGGGAUCGACACAAGUUCUACUAUGGCGAAUGAAUUAUUCUUUAGAAUGCAACACUUAAAGCGUGUGCUGACUAAGGUAGUCGUUAAAGGACUACCCGACAUAUCAAGAGCUGUUAUUAACAUUCGUGAUGAUGGCAAGAAGGAACUGCUUGUCGAAGGUUAUGGACUGAAAGAGGUUAUUGCAACCGAUGGUGUUGUUGGUUGUAAAACUAAGACAAACCAUGUGCUAGAAGUUUACGAGACCUUGGGUAUUGAGGCUGCUCGAUCGUGUAUCAUUAACGAAAUUGACUACACGAUGUCAAAGCAUGGUAUGUCAGUUGAUCCUCGUCAUAUUCAAUUGUUGGGAGAUGUUAUGUCCUACAAAGGAGAGGUUUUGGGAAUUACAAGAUUUGGUUUAGCCAAGAUGAGAGAUUCAGUCUUGCAGCUGGCUUCCUUUGAGAAGACUACCGACCAUCUGUUCGAUGCAGCUUUCUAUAUGAAGAAAGAUUUGGUUGAAGGGGUUUCUGAGUGUGUUAUCUUGGGACAGACAAUGACUAUCGGGACAGGAGCUUUCCAACUUGUCAAAAAGACAGAAACACAAAGAGGGCAGUUAGUUGCGAAACCGACAUUAUUUGACGAUUUAUCAGAGGGUAAAUCCAUUUCUGUGGCCUAA